CUGCCGCUCCGCCCCGUACACUAGCAAAAACCUUAGUCUCUUUCUCUCUCUAUCCCUCUCCGCAUGUCCCUCGGCCUCCCCUUCUUCAAAGGUCUCUCCUUUUUCGUAUCCUCCGCCCCCGCGAAAUUCGCCGCCGGCGACGACGCGACCGAUCCUCCCUUCCCUCGUCCCUCCGGAAAUCGCGACCCCAUCCCCUCGAUCCCCCUCGACGGCCUCCGCUCCGCAAUCGCCGCCGCCGCCGCCUCCGCCGCCGCCGCCGCCGCUCCUCGCGAGACUCUCCUUGGAAACCCCCUCGCGCUCCGUCGCGGCGCGCGAUGAACUCGGAAUUCGGACGCAGACCCGCGAUGCCGGUUCUCGGUCUCUCUUCGUUCGCUCGUUCGGAUGAAAACCCACGUUGUUAAUUUCGCCAAACCCUAGGUUUUCCCGGCCCUCCGUAGCGGGUUUCUUUGCGUAGCCUUUCCUGUCGUGGGGGGCCGAAUCGAAACCCAUGUAGGUGCGCUUCGGAGUGAAUCUGUCGUAGAGCUUCCUGAUUUUGCGUUCGACCCUUGAGGAUGGACCCGAGUGGUGGGGGUCAUGUGGUGCUCGAUAUCAGCUCCGACGAGGAAGGGUUGGUCCCAGACGUGCCGAGAGGCUUCGGUGGUGACGAUGAGUGGAUUUCCCGGCUCCUUAGAGAUGAUCCGGACGAAGUGGUCUUGGUGAAGGAGGUCAAUGCGAAGUCAAAGUCGGACAAAUUUCUGGAGGAUGAUGAUGAUGAUGAUUGCGUGGUGUUGGAUGGAGAUCCUGAGAAGUCGGUCUCUGUUUCCGAUGAUGCGGCAGACGGAGGUUCGGAUGAUCUGCUCAUUGUUGGAGAGAAGGGUCAGGUUGCAUGUAGAGACUAUCCUCAUCCAAGGCAUGAUUGUGUUAAAUUUCCUUUCAGCUCAACUUUGCAUGAGAAGUACUGUAACUUGUGCCAUUGUUAUGUAUGCGAUUCACCUGCACCAUGCGCAUACUGGGGAGAAGGUUUGACAGAUGUUGACCAUUGCCAUGCCAAUGACAAACAGGAGAAAUGGAAAGUCUGUAGAAAGAACUUUAUGCAGGGUAAAACUACUAUGCCUGUUCCGAGUUUUUUUCACGACCCUUUCUCUGCAGUGCUUCCACAAACUACUCAAGCUCUGCCUCCUAUAAACACCCCACUGCCAACCAACUCUAUACCACAAAAUCUUGUGCCAAGGCCGCCAAUGAUUUUUCAGCCAUGUUCUUCCCCAAAUAGGUCAAGUUUUUCAAGUAAUAUACACAAUAGCAGGAAGCACCAUCCGGGGCAUGUCUCGAGAAGUAGACUCCAGCCACGCUCGUCGUCAGAACAGUUGCAUCAGGCACAUCAUGUCAUUCAGAAGGAUAGAGUUCAUAGAGAUAGUCACUUGGGGCCUCAUCUUGUUUCACCCAUUAUGCCACAUAAAAGGACGGGGACUGUUGGUAGUUCUCUGGCAGUAAGCAGAGCUGCAUGUGGUCCAAACAACAUCAAUUGCCCAUCUUAUUUACCUCCCCCAACAAAUUCAAUCCACAAUACCAUAGUUAAUCGAAAUCAUAUCAGAAGGCAGAAUGUCCCUUCCAGUUUGAAUCAAGUAUCUUCUACUAAUUUGAGCAGCUGUUCGCCCAACUUAACUGGUGUUCCUUCAAUUAUGACGCCUUCUCAAGCCAGCAGUGAUGGUCAGGGUAGUAAUCAAUCACUCAGUGAGCAAAACAUCCAUCAGCAUCACAGCGAACCUAGCGCAUUUUUAAGUUUCUCAGAUAGCCUCGAUUGGAUUGAAAGGGUACUUCAAGAUGACAUUCCUCCUGCUCCACCUGCUGUUGAGAGCAUUCAUGUUCCGAGUACAGAGCCCGCAAAUGAGGCACAGCCUGCAAGAGAGUUUGAUACCGCGGUCGCUGGAAGUUUCGACAUUGGCACAGCAGGUGUCGACUUGGGGAACUGGUGGUCGGAGAACCCGCCCCCGGAGAAUAAUCUUUACCCUGCGGGCAUAGAUUCUGGUAUGCUCUAUUUUGAUUUUGAGACCUCCUGGAAUAGUGUCACACAAUCAUAACUGGUCACACCCUCAAUUUUUUGGGAAGGGAAGCAAAGCCUGCUACAUUAGUUGCUAUUUAUAGUAGGUACAUCAGCUCUGUUUUUUUCUUCCUUCCCUCUUCCGGUUGACAUGCCCUUCUAGUGAUUUUAGGAAGGUUGGUUUUUUAGUAGUUGAAAUUGUAUAGAAUGCUCUGAGUUUCUGUACGUAUCUUGUAAAUAAGCCUGCAGUUCUCCCCUGUACAUAGGGGUUCCUGGUAACGAAAUUCACGGAGGAUUGUCUGCUGCUUGCUGCUUUCGCACGCAAGUUGUGCAAUUGAGUUCUGCUUUUAGUGCUUGAA